GGAUGUGAAGCUCACACCCGAUCGGGCAUAUGUUGCAGAGGUACAAGAAUUACCAACAGAAGUUAAUGGGUCAAGGGUUAACGAAUGAAGCUAUGAUGGAGCCAUGGAAUGUACAGGUGAACGAUGAGGAUAUUUUAAUGAAGGUGGAGGCACACUUUGAAACUGCUAGAGGCGUAAUGGAAAGGAAGCGAAACGAGGCAGCGACACGUGCGCAAUACCCGGGGUUAGACGAAUUGAGUUCUAAGCUCAAUAGUAAUGCUGCUCGCACCGAAGUAUCGGAACAAUAA